AUGUUCGGUUUUGUAUCAACCUAUAAAUUACUGGCAACUGCACUCAAAUCAUCCCCUCGUGCUGUGGGUGGUGCUCUAAGAGUUAAUCCAUUUGCACCUUCGCCUAUACCUUGCCACCGUGUUAUCGCCUCUGAUUUUUUUAUUGGUGGAUUUGACGGUGAAUGGUUUAAACGUCAGCAUCAAAACAAUACUAAAAAACGUAAUGAUGAUGAUAUUAUGGAAGAUAAAAUUGGUUGUAAGCUUGAUAGAUUAAAAAAAGAAGGAAUUUUUUUUGACAAGGAGG